ACCAUCACCAUGUCUUUUUUUUCAAACCUCAAAGAUUUCCCUGCCCUCUCUGAACAAGACACGGAACCCCUUCCACCCCCCUUGGAGGCCCAUUCGCCGAAGGCAUCACCAUUAGGCUACUUCUAUGGCUACAUAGUAUUCAAAGGCAACUACGACGUCAAUAACGACGAGCAAUGCAUGAGACUCUUUGCGGUGCAUCAGGGCUUGCGCAACCUUGCCCAUGUCGUCACGGACCGCGACACCGCGAUGGUUUAUCUCGCGGUCUACCGCACCACGGACAGCACUGUGUGGAGCAUGGAGGGCGGGAACAAUCGGAUCCCAAACGCGCGGCUGAGAAAAAAGCUGGAGGAAUCGUUGGGUGUUACUGAAGGCCCACAUUGGUUUCCCGACGAUGGAAGUUAUUUCUGGUACCCCGAUGCUGUAAAUCGUAUAAUCAAAUGUUGGAGCCAUACAAAAAUGGCUCUGCUUGCAUAG